AUGCGAAUCACGCUACAAUUUAUGUUACCAUACGUUGCUUACAAAUACGUAAAAAAUAAACGAGAAGCUUCCAAACGUGAGAUGGACUCGACUCUUGAAUCGCUGACCUCGAAUUUGUCACGCUCCAUGAUCCCGGAUCAGGUUGUUCUUCGUAUAUCUGGAGUGUCAACGAAAGCGACUGAUGAUUCAGCUGAGUACAUUCCUGGUGUUUUGACUGUUGUUGAGAAGGCUGUUGGUGUAUUCAUCGAAUGGGCGCCUUGCGAAGAAAAUGGUAUAACCUACGGUCCAGACACAUCUGGAUGGGUUCUAGCUGAAGAUGGUGGAGAGACUAGGACUCUUCAUUCACCAUCGAAUAGUCCGGAGAGAGUGAGUGGUGAAUUGAUGAACAGACUCGCUUUUUCCAUGGAUGUGAAUGAUUUGAGUAGUUUCAGAAGCAUUGAGCCCAAGAAAGGGCAAGGUCAUCCAUAUAUUCGUUUGAUUUGUAAGGAUGGAAGUAGCUACACUCCAUUGUAUUUCACUGCGGAAUCAACUGUGGGCUUUGUCGAUGUUCUUCAGAGAUACAUAACAUUACGAAGGUCGGCUCGUGAGCCAAAUCUAGUCCUAGUUGUGGACGGAAAGACAGAAGCGCUUGCCCAGAGUGUGAUCGCUCUCGGACAGAAUGAUGAUGUGCUGUCGCGUUUCAUGAAGAACCCCUAUGCAGCCGCUCUGACAGGAUUCGGAAAGAUAACUUCUUUUAUGCAAGAACAGAUGAUUCCUGCUCUUCUCGAUUCGGAUGAAGUGAGUCAGGAGGAGCAGAUACGUGCUAUGCGCGAGCUUUACCAACGAGAAGAUGAUGCGUCGAAACUUCGGUACGUCAUGUGUUGUCAGUCAGGCCCUAUUUUUCCCUUUUCAGUGUUCGGGCUAGAUUUUUAUCGGGUUUAA